GCCCGCUCUGCGGGGCAUGCUGGGAAUGAUAGUUUAAUAAAGUAUUCUUUGCUCUAUGUGGCGCUUCCAUUUUCCAAGCUGUAAUGCAAGUGCCGCGACUUCGACGUGAGCCUGUGGGCGUGAGCGAACAUGUUGUUGCUUCGGCUGCAGACCUGUGGGAAGAUGGAACCCCAGUUGUGAGUUUCCCUUGAGCCGUGGACACACACGAGAUAGAGUCCUUUAAGCAAUAGGAAGGAGUCUCUUGGAAAUCCCAGAGGGAGAGCUCCCUAACUCAACAUCAUGCCCUUUCCCACCUGCGGGCUUUCACGUCAAGCACUUCAUCUUCUGUUUGCCUUGAAGUCUGCAAGAAAAGGCAGUCUUCUACCUUUAUAUGCAGCGAGAUGGACUUCUGGUUCCCCAGCUCCUCGUAUCACUACCCACUAUACCAUUCACCCCCGGGACAAAGACAAACGGUGGGAAGGGAUUAACAUGGAAAGAUUUGCAGAAGAAGCUGAUGUUGUUAUAGUUGGAGCAGGUCCUGCAGGACUUUCUGCAGCUAUUCGACUCAAGCAGUUAGCUAGCGAGCAUGGCAAAGAAAUCCGUGUUUGCCUGGUGGAGAAGGCUGCUCAGAUUGGUGCACAUAUCCUGUCCGGAGCUUGUCUUGAGCCUCGUGCGUUGGAAGAACUUUUUCCAGAUUGGAAAGAACGAGGAGCUCCGUUACAUACUACUGUAACAGAAGACAGAUUUGGAAUCUUAACAAAGAACUAUAGAAUCCCAGUUCCCAUUCUUCCAGGUCUUCCCAUGGUUAAUCAUGGGAAUUACAUAGUUCGUCUAGGACAUUUUGUGAGCUGGUUGGGUGAACAAGCAGAAGCACUUGGUGUUGAAGUCUAUCCAGGCUAUGCUGCAGCUGAGAUUCUUUUCAAUGAUGAUGGAAGCGUGAAAGGGAUUGCAACAAAUGAUGUUGGCAUCCAAAAAGAUGGAGCGCCUAAGGGUAACUUUGAGAGAGGUUUAGAGUUGCAUGCCAAAAUUACAGUCUUUGCAGAAGGUUGUCAUGGUCAUCUUGCAAAACAAUUGUAUAACAAGUAUAAUCUAAGGGAGAAUUGUCAGCCCCAGACUUACGGCAUUGGACUUAAGGAGCUUUGGCUUAUUGAUGAAAAUAAAUGGAAACCAGGAAGAGUGGAGCACACUGUUGGCUGGCCUUUGGACAAACAUACAUAUGGAGGAUCAUUUCUUUAUCAUCUGAAUGAGGGUGAACCAUUGGUAGCUCUUGGGUUUGUAGUUGGUUUAGAUUAUCAAAACCCUUUUUUGAGUCCAUUUAAGGAAUUUCAGAGAUGGAAGCAUCACCCUAGUGUUCAGCCUACCUUAGAAGGAGGAAAGAGGAUUGCUUAUGGUGCCCGAGCUCUUAAUGAAGGGGGUUAUCAGUCUAUACCCAAACUUUCCUUUCCUGGUGGCGUUCUUAUUGGAUGCAGUCCAGGUUUCAUGAAUGUUCCCAAGAUUAAAGGUACACACACUGCUAUGAAAAGUGGUAUGCUGGCUUCAGAAGCCAUUUUCAACCAACUAAUCAACGAAAAUCUCCAAUCAAAAACAAUAGGUCUUCAUGUGACUGAAUAUGAAGAAAAUCUGAAAAAAUCAUGGGUGUGGAAAGAGCUUUAUGGAGUCAGGAAUAUUCGCCCCUCCUGUCAUGGACUCAUGGGUGUAUAUGGAGGAAUGAUUUAUACUGGUAUAUUCUAUUGGCUACUAAGAGGAUUUGAACCUUGGACCCUAAAGCACCCAGGAACAGAUGCAAAGCAGCUAAAGCCAGCCAAAGAUUGUACACCUAUUGAAUAUCCAAAACCUGAUGGAAAAAUCAGUUUUGAUUUGCUUUCAUCAGUAGCUUUGAGUGGUACAAAUCAUGAACAUGACCAACCUCCUCAUUUAACUUUGAAAGAUGAUAGUAUUCCUGUCAGCCACAACCUAGCUAUAUAUGAUGGACCUGAGCAGCGAUUCUGCCCUGCAGGAGUUUAUGAAUAUGUUCCUGUGGAAUCUGGAGAAGGAUUGCGAUUACAGAUAAAUGCUCAGAACUGUGUCCACUGUAAGACAUGUGACAUUAAAGACCCCAGCCAGAAUAUUAACUGGGUUGUACCAGAAGGUGGAGGAGGACCAGCUUAUAAUGGAAUGUAGUUUUGAUCAAAACUUAAAAAAAAAAAUCUGUCAGCAAUGUUAGAAAGCUAUCCAACACAGGAUUUGCUACCGUAAAAAAAGUUAUGUGGUCUAAAGGGCUCAUUCUUUAUGAAGGGCAGAGUAAUCUGCAGGCCACAUGUCCUCAGAUCAUUCUACUAAAGUUCAGCAGCAAAAUGGGUCUCAGAUGCAUGAUCGUUAAUGUUUCAGUCAAAUAUCAAAAUGUAUGUGUUCUGUUUUGACCUUUUCUAUAAAUCAAAAUCCUGCCCCCCCUCUUCAAAAACGGAUGCAAAAAAAUCAGCGCUAUUUAACCUGUGGUGUUUUAUCAUUUGUGGACAUACCUUGGAGUACAAAGUAUUUUAAAGCAUUGAAUAGUAACCAGGCUAAAUAAAACACACACACUGGCUCUGAGUUUAGUAUCCUACUGCAGCCUGAACUUGGUGGUGCCUUAAAUAAUAAAUAGAAAAGUUUUAUUUGAGUGUAUUUUUUCUAUUCAGAGAAUGCCUGAUAAGACUAAUUUGAACACAUUCUGGUCUGAUUUUAUCCUAACUGUUCUAUAUUGUAGUACUAAUAAUGGAUGUAAUCCAGAAUACAUUGGAUACAACAGAAUAUAUUUCUAAUUUCUGUAACUAUUGUAUCUUUCUCUUGAUGGCCCAGUUUCAGGGAAAUUGAUCUUUAAAGACUAAUCUGAAAAAUAUUUCAGUAUUUUACAAGAAACAGAAUAGAACAACACUACCUCUGGUAUUAAUUCAUUUGGUUAUAAUAAAAUAGUAAAGUAUU